GCUGAAGCUCGCCCUGAGCAGCAUCCCCAUGACGAAGAUGAAGAGGACGGCGCCGACGGCCGGGAUGGCCGGACUCAGGUUGGACGCCAGUGUUUGUACCCGGGCGUUUUACGGAGACGGACCGAAACAGCAUGACGGCCGCGGAUGUUGGCGGAGACUCUGUUGUCAGAACAAACCGUGAUACUGAUGAAAAGGACGGACAUCAUGUGUUAAAAGGUGCGGUGUUUCUGACCACAGUGGCCUCGGCGGGGAUGAUCGCUGGGUUCGGCUCCACGCUGGCGCUGGCCAAGAAGAAAAGCCCAGAGUGGUUCAGUAAGGGCGUGGCGGCGACGGCCGUGGCCCCCGAGUCCGGGGCCUCCCUGGCCCUCAGAGCGCUGGGCUGGGGCUCCCUGUACGCCUGGUGUGGAGUGGGUCUGCUCAGCGUCGCCGUGUGGAAAGCUCUCGGCAUCCACAGCUUGGCAGAGUUCAGACAGAAGAUGGAGUCUUUCUUCCCGGCCAUCCCGAGGAACCCAGAGGCCGCAGCCGGAUCAGAACCGCUGGACUGGGACGCCAUCUUCGGGUCCAAAUCACAGGGAUCAGCCAGAGACUGAAAACCGUUCUGACCCUGUGGAGAUUUUACAGCUGGGAAAUGUGAAAUUAUGAAGAUAAAGUCAUACCCGAGCAACAACAGUCACAUAUUGUAAAUAAAAAAUAUUUAAAUGUUGUGAAAUUGUAAGUUUUAUGGAGGAUUUUUUUCUGAUAUGUGUCAAACUUAAGGCCUGGGGGCCAAAUCUGGCUCAACAAAGCCACUUAUGCGGCCGUCUAAAUUAUGUUUUGUGUUAAUUUGUGUUUAAAUGUUUUAUCAAGUUACCAGUUUAAAGGCAAAUCACAUUCAUCAGUCCCUCCAGACAAAAUCAACAAACCCCUGCUAAUGUUACGCAAGUAUUGCCUUAUUUGAUGUCAAGUUAUUGCCUCCAAUUAAUACGGCAAGUAACAAAAAGUCAUAAAUGACAAAAUCAGUAAUUUUGAUUGAAAAAGAAUCACAAAAAUGAUCAUGAAAUGCUGGUGGGAUGUGAAAAUGUGUUAAUUUUCACAAGUGCUUAUAAAUAUGUAUGACUUUUUGAGAGUAAGGUUGCAAACAAGAAUAGUAAAAUAAAGUAAAAAUAAGGAAUACAGCUCUAAAGAUGCAGAUUUUUACAUUUUUGGAAGAAAAAGUUAGCGCUUUAGCUUUAGCUUCUUCUGAAUACUAUGUUGUAGCGCUAUAGUGUUAGCAGAUCUAAUGCUCAUGAUUCAUGUUUUAGAGUUAGCACAGCUAACUUUAGUUACUGGUGGCCAUCACAGGUUUUCAGCAACUGCAUGGAGUUCCUCAGGGCUCGAUGCUCGGUUCCAUUGGGUUUACCAGAUAUUUCUGGAGAAAAACAACAUUUUGAGACUUGAAAAAGAUUAACCUGAUUUUUAAAACUUAGGAAAAGUCAAGAAUGGUA